AUGACGGUUCCCGUUAGAUAUUUGGUUUAUGGUUUCAGUACCUCUUGCAUCACUCUUCUCUAUGCUCUUCGUCUAGCUUUCCAUUCGACAAUAAUAUGUCAAUUGAAGAAUUCAACUGAUUCAUUCCUUCUCGAUGAGGACCUCAAGCAAUACACGUUCCAGUCGGUUGGAUUCGGGUUGGCAGUUGGAUUGGUCCCAUUACAUUUUUUGAAUUUUCUGGGAACAAGAAAUGUCACUACAAUCUACGGAAUCAUCGGAAUCAUCUCUGCUCUUUUCUACCCGACGUCAUAUCAACUCGGCUUCUACCCCUCCUUCAUCAUUCGACUAUUUCAAGGAGCUCCACUCGGAAUCCUCCUUUGGUUGAUUGCAAAAGUGGCAACUGAAUGGACGCCAAAAUCAGAAACAGCUAUAGCAAUUGCAAUAUUGACAUCUGUUUACCAAUUGGCUCCGUUUGUUGCUCAAAUAAGUGCAGCCGAAAUGUGUCAGUAUUUUGGAUGGGAGUACACUUAUUACUUUUUGGCAGUGCUUUGUGCAGCCUCACAUGUUGCCUUUUAUUAUGUUUACACGGAUCGAGUAGAGGAUAAUAAACUUGCUACAUCAGAAGAAAAACUAUUCAUCUCCGAUGGCAAGGGCAAAGAUUCCAGUCAGGUGUCUCAAGAUGUUCCAUACUCUCAACUUCUUCUUGACUCCACCGUCUGGGCCACGUGGUUUGCAAACCUUGCUUUCUUCUCCUCUCUUCUGGUGUUUCUUCAGUACGGACCACUCUACAUGAAUCAGGUUCUCGGAUUCUCGGUUCGAACAACUGGGUAUUCUGGAGGAGUGGCUCACGUCUUCUGUUUGUUCGCAAAAGUAGUUUUUGGAAAGGUCAUGGAUGCGAGUAAGAUGGAUAUGUCAAAGAGGUUGAAAACGGCGUGGACAGUUAUCGAAAUUCCGUCAUUAACACUUUUGAUGGCUUUAAUUAUUGUUCGAGACGUUUACAUUCAAAUGGUCUGCAUCGUUAUCUUCAUUACAAUCCACGGAGUAGCCAUCGUCAUUAUUGUCAAAACCCAAACUUACCGUUCCGCGGAACAUAACCACGUCCUUGCCAAUGGAAAUACCCUUUGCGUAGUCCUCUGUCUGUUUCUUCAACCACUCGUCGUCAAAUUUCUGGUUCAGUUGAACACGUUUGAUGAGUGGUCUCGAGUUUUCGGGCUCCAUGCUAUUCUCAUUCUCGUUUCGGUGAUUUUCUUCGCAUGCAAAGUCGACGCCACACCAGCCAAAUGGACAGGAAUCCAGAAAGUGGCCACCGACAAAAUCGAGCAACCAUAA